AUGGAUGAUUUUGUGGGAAUUAUUUCUAACCGCAUGAAGGAUGAUCUUAUCGGAAAAGAUUCUGGGACUGGUGGGAAGCAAGUGAUUGAAGUUCCAAGCAUUUAUGAACCCGAGAUGUCAUUUGUGAUGUUCAGGUCACAAGCUGGUGAAGCUGCUAGUACUGUUCAGAUAGAUGAGAAUCAACCAAAUCAGGAGGAGCAACUCCAGCAGUUAGUUGAUGAGAGAGUGAAAGAGAUCAAAUCAAUAGCCGAGAAAGUGUCUGUGGAGCUCUCUAUCAUUGCUGAGGCAUCAUAA